GGGCAUUCCUUGUGGCGGUCGUCCGUGUCUGGCCGGUAGGAUGGCGCCUGGCCGAUGCGGGCAUAGCACCGAGAGCAGACGGCCGCCCAACGCUCCAGCCGUACCCCGAAGUUUCUCCCUAGUGGCGGGGGAUGGGGGUGGGUGGUUCUGUUGCGUCGGCUUUCCUGGCUCUUCCGCAUCACAGAGACGUGGGCCUCCUCCUUCCUAGCCCUCCCGCCUUGUUCCCGUGUGUCGGCUAGAGCGUCCCCUCGCCGUUUCCUGUCGCACAGGGGCCCCGUUGAGGGAAGAGAGGCGUAGCACUACAGCGGAGGGAACUCGUGAGCUUGGGUGGUGCACACGCACCGGAAGAGUUGGGAGGAGGCCGGAAACCAGGGGGCGGGGCCAGGAAGGAGGAGGGGCGGGGGUUUAUGAGGAGGCCAAGGGAGCGUUAAGGCAAAUUUGCACUCAGGUCUACCUGAGGGACUUUGCGGUGGCGCUCAGCUGUUUCACCCCACCUGUGCCCCUGCUGAGACACGGUUGUCGUCAAGGAGCGGGGAACUCUGGGGAGGUGUGGGUUUUCGAGCGGACAGUUCUCUGGCUGCGCUUGAGACGAGGUGUGGAGAGGCAGGGCUGGGGGUGGGGCGGGGCCGACAGGGCGUCUGAAAGGGAAAGACCCCCUCCCACCUGCCCCCCCCCCCCACCGCACAGCUACACUGGCUGGACACUAAGAUGGCUGCCGUUGCCAUGACACCCAACCCAGUGCAGACCCUUCAAGAGGAGGCGGUGUGCGCCAUCUGCCUCGAUUACUUCACCGACCCCGUGUCCAUCGGCUGCGGGCACAACUUCUGCCGAGUGUGUGUAACUCAGUUGUGGGGCGGGGAGGAUGAGGAGGACAGGGAAGAAUUAGGUCGGGAGGAGGAGGAGGAAGAAGAGGAGGAAGAAGAGGAUGGAGAGGAGGAGGAAGUGGAGGCUGUGGGGGCUGGUGGGGGGUGGGACACCCCCAUGCGGGACGAAGACUAUGAAGGUGAAAUGGAGGAAGAGGUUGAAGAGGAAGAGGAGGGUGUGUUUUGGACCAGUGGCAUGGGUGGGUCCAGCUGGGACAACAUGGAUUAUGUGUGGGAGGAGGAAGAUGAGGAGGAAGACCUGGACUACUACUUGGGGGACAUGGAGGAGGACCUCAGGGGAGAGGAUGAGGAGGAUGAGGAGGAAGUUUUGGAGGAGGAUGAGGAAGAGGAGCUAGACACCGUCACCCCACUGCCCCCGCCUCCAGCCCCUCGGCGGUGCUUCACUUGCCCCCAGUGUCGAAAGAGCUUUCCUCGGCGGAGCUUCCGCCCCAACUUGCAGCUGGCCAACAUGGUACAGGUGAUUCGGCAGAUGCAUCCAACCCCUGUUCGAGGGAGCCGUGUAAACGAGCAGGGCAUCUGUCCUAAACACCAAGAAGCACUGAAGCUCUUCUGCGAGGUAGAUGAAGAGGCCAUCUGUGUGGUGUGCCGUGAAUCUAGGAGCCACAAACAGCACAGCGUGGUGCCCUUGGAGGAGGUGGUACAGGAGUACAAGGCCAAAUUGCAAGGGCACCUGGAACCACUGAGGAAGCACCUGGAAGUCGUGCAGAAGAUGAAGGCCAAGGAGGAGAGGCGGGUGACAGAACUGAAGAGCCAGAUGAAGUUAGAGCUUGCAGCUGUGGCUUCAGAGUUUGGGCGGUUGACGCGGUUUCUGGCUGAAGAGCAGGCAGGGCUGGAGCGGCGCCUCCGAGAAAUGCAUGAAGCCCAGUUGGGGCGUGCGGGAGCUGCAGCCAGCCGCCUCUCAGAGCAGGCCACCCAGCUGAGCCGCUUGCUGGCUGAGGCCCAGGAGCGGAGUCAGCAGGGUGGCCUACGGCUGCUUCAGGACAUCAAGGAGACUUUCAGUAGGUGUGAAGAAGUACAGCUGCAACCACCAGAGAUCUGGUCCCCUGAUCUGUGCCAACCCCAUAGCCAUGAUUUCCUGACAGAUGCCAUUGUGAGGAAAAUGAGCCGAAUGUUCUGUCAGGCUGCAAGAGUGGACCUGACACUGGACCCUGACACAGCUCAUCCGGCCUUGAUGUUGUCCCCUGAUCGCCGUGGUGUCCGCCUGGCAGAAAGGCGGCAGGAGGUUGUUGACCAUCCCAAGCGCUUCUCAGCUGACUGCUGUGUACUGGGGGCCCAGGGCUUCCGCUCUGGCCGGCACUACUGGGAGGUAGAGGUGGGUGGUCGGAGGGGUUGGGCAGUGGGUGCUGCCCGUGAAUCAACCCAUCAUAAGGAAAAGGUGGGCUCUGGGGGGUCCUCUGUGAGCACUGGAGAUGCCAGCUCCUCACGUCAUCAUCAUCGCCGCCGACGGCUUCACCUGCCCCAGCAGCCCCUGCUUCAGCGGGAAGUGUGGUGUGUGGGCACCAAUGGCAAACGUUACCAGGCACAAAGCUCAACAGAGCAGACACUGCUGAGCCCAAGUGAGAAACCACGGCGCUUUGGCGUGUACCUGGACUAUGAGGCUGGGCGUCUGGGCUUCUACAAUGCAGAGACUUUAGCCCAUGUGCACACCUUCUCAGCUGCUUUCCUAGGCGAGCGUGUCUUCCCUUUCUUCCGGGUGCUUUCCAAGGGCACCCGUAUCAAGCUCUGCCCUUGAUCAGCCUGCCACCCGCAGGGGCCCCUCUGGUUAGCACUGGGGAGGCGGGUGGUGGUGGAGGGUGGCCCAUAAGUUUGGAGGCUCAAAGGCUCCUCCCACUGUUACUGCAUUUCUUCUGGCUCCCCCUUUACUCCAGACCCCUGCUUCUAGGAGCCUUAAAGGAACCCUCCUGGCCUCCAAUUCAGCAUUUUCACCUACUGUCUGUCCAACAGGUCUGCAUGGGUUCCUCAUCAGCUGUUUGGUCUUCCCUCUGUGUGUUGCUCAGUCCAGCUCUGGGGGUCUGAGUUCAAGUAGGGGAUGAGAGGAGAUUUUAAUUUCAUUCCUUAAAAUUCCUUUCCCCCAACCCCCUCUUCAACCUCAUGUUAGUCCUGAGGCUGGAGGGCUUGGGCAAGACUUGCAGCAUCCCCAUUGAACUCCCAUUUUCUGGUGCAAAGUUUAGCUAAAGGAUUUGGAAGCUGUUUUGGGGAGGCAGGCUGGGCAAAAGGGUAGAGCUGGGUAUAGAAAUACCCACUCUCCUGGGGAAGUUGGAGGGAUUCUACUUUCCUUCCAUCCCCAUUUUCUACCUCCACAAACCAACCAGAACUUAGCUUUGGCGACAGAUCUGGAAUGGUUGAUACAAUUGAAACUACAUACCAUUUUAUAACCCAGUAAGUUAUUUUCUUCCCCUUCCUUUUCUAGCACUCAAAUCUAGGAGCAUCCUGCCCUUCCAGGUCUACUUACUGCCAGACUUUCCCCUUUGUUCACUGGAAUUGCUUCUGUUAGUUUCCAACUUCUGUCUGCCUUUUAGUUCCCUUUUUGGCAAGCCCUAACAUGGAGCCAAGGAUGGGGACAAGGGGUUUGAAUCCCUGGGAGGAGAGCCUUGGGUAUAAUCUAUUUUUCUAAUAACACCUUGCCUUCUGUCACUUAUCAGCUUUUGUCCUCUGCUUGGAAGGCUGAGGUCAAUUCAUGUUCUUGGGGGAAAGGGAAGGUUGUUUGUGUUGCAGAAAUAAAAUGUUUAUUUGCUUCUUUU